AGAACCAGAUUUACGACACGCCUUCCUCCUGGCUAGCUUUGCAUUCUCGUCGCGUUAUUGACAACGGGACGUUCUGAACUACGAAACAACAGGAAAAAUCCAAGAUAACUGGCAAAAUGUGCGGUAUAUUUGCAUACAUCAACUUUCUGGUUCCUAAGCAGCGAAAGGCUAUCCUGGAGUUGCUCAUCAAUGGUCUAAAAAGGCUGGAGUACAGAGGCUAUGACUCAGCAGGUCUUGCUAUUGAUGGGGGUAACAAUGAACAGGACACUAACACUGACCGCCCAAUCCGCAUCAUCAAGAAGAGAGGAAAGGUCAAGGCCCUCGAGGAAGAAAUUUUCACCCAAGAGGACUUGGAUUUUGAUCUGGAGUACGACACUCACUGUGGAAUCGCCCACACCCGUUGGGCCACUCACGGUGUGCCAAAUGCUGUCAAUAGCCAUCCUCAGAGAUCAGAUGAUGAAAAUGAGUUUGUCGUCAUCCACAAUGGCAUCAUAACAAACUACAAGGAUAUCAAGAAGUUUAUCGAAAGCAAGAAUAUUGCUUUUGAGUCUGACACGGACACGGAGAUAAUCGCCAAGCUUAUCAAGUAUCUCUACGAUAACCGUGACGACGAUAAAAUCACUUUCAGGGAGCUUGUAGAAUCUGUCAUCCAGCAACUGGAAGGUGCCUUUGCCUUGGCUUUCAAGAGCAGGAGGUUUCCCGGUGAAUGCGUGGCUACCCGUCGUGGAAGUCCCCUCCUUAUCGGCAUCAAGACCAAAACUAAACUAGCCAGCAACUAUGUUCCCGUUCUCUACAAGGACAACAGAGGUAUGUACUAUCAACCAGCUCCGCAGCUUGAGAGGUCUUUCAGCAGCACAACUGAUUUUGAGGUCGUAGGAGACGCCAAGGAGGCAGAGUAUUUCUUUGCAAGCGAUGCUAGCGCCAUCAUUGAACAUACCAAUCGUGUCAUCUAUCUGGAGGAUAACGACGUAGCUGCUAUCAAAGAUGGAGCCCUGUCUAUCCAUCGUCUUAAGAAGGAGCAAGGAGAGUCUAUUUCGAGAGAGGUGCAGACACUUAAAAUGGAGAUUCAACAGAUCAUGAAAGGGAACUACAGGUAUUUCAUGUUGAAGGAAAUCUUUGAGCAGCCAGAAUCUGUCAUCAAUACGAUGCGUGGCAGGGUGAACUUUGAAAAUAAGUCAGUGUGCCUUGGAGGUCUUCAGGAUCAUAUGAAUGAGAUUCUAAGGUGUCGUCGUCUUCUCUUCUUGGCCUGUGGAACCAGCUAUCACUCUGCAGUGGCUACUCGUCAGUUGAUUGAGGAGCUAACAGAGCUGCCUGUUGUUGUUGAACUUUCAAGUGAUUUCUUGGACCGUCACACUCCUGUUUUCAGAGAUGAUGUAGCUUUCUUCAUCAGCCAGUCAGGUGAGACUGCAGACACCUUGAAUGCUCUGCGCUAUUGUAAAUCAAGGGGCGCCCUCACAGUUGGAAUCACCAACACUGUCGGUAGCAGCAUCUCACGAGAGACACACUGCGGUGUUCACAUUAAUGCCGGUCCAGAGAUUGGAGUUGCAAGUACAAAGGCAUACACCAGUCAGUUCAUCUCUCUGGUCAUGUUUGCUCUGAUGAUGAAUCAAGAUAGAUUAUCCUUCACAUCUAGGAGACACGAGAUCAUCCAAGAACUUCAGGAUCUACCAAAUAAAAUCAAACAAGUAUUGGAGAUGGACGACCAGAUCAAGAAGCUUGCUGAAGAGCUUGUUCAGAAGAGGAGUAUUCUUCUUAUGGGAAGGGGUUUCAACUUUUCUACAUGCCUCGAAGGAGCUCUGAAAAUCAAGGAGUUGUGCUACCUUCACUCAGAAGGCAUCCUGGCGGGAGAACUGAAACAUGGCCCUCUUGCUCUGGUUGAUGAGGAUAUGCCUGUCAUCCUCGUUAUGAUGAAAGAUGGAACAUAUGUGAAAUGCCAGAAUGCUCUACGUCAGGUUGUAGCUCGCAAGAGCAAACCGAUCAUCAUUUGUGAGACCGGUGAUGAAGAUGCUCUGAGUACCGCCUCUCGUACCAUCCAGUUACCCCGCUGCGUUGAUUGCUUGACUGGUAUCCUCUGUGUCAUACCCCUUCAGCUCCUGGCUUACCAUAUAGCUGUCCUGAGAGGAUUUGAUGUUGAUUGCCCAAGGAAUUUGGCUAAAUCCGUCACUGUCGAGUAAGCUCUCUGGGCAAUCCCAAUAUUCAGUCAACUCUGCCUUCCUGCAUACAACACUUUGUCUUCACCAGCUUUACCUCUGAGGUCAUUCACAUUUUUCACUUUUCUCUAUCAAGAAAUCGUUCCUUUUUCUCAUUCCAAAUGUUGCUGCGACCAAUUCAUUCUUGUUGGAAUUUUCUUUUAUUUCUAUGAAAAUUGAGAGAAAGAGGCAAGCUUAUAAUAUGAUUUAUGCUUUAUAGAGAGAUGUUAUUUGUAAGAAGAAUCAAAAGAAGAGAUGUUGUACGAAGGCUAUAGAAGUAUUAUACUAUAUGUGAUGUAACUAGGUGUGACUUUAUAUUGUACAAGUUUAUAAAUUAAAAAUUUUACAGAUUCAUUGUGAUACAAAUUUAAUUGAAACCAUGAAAUGGUGAUUCGUGAAAUCCAACUCCCAGUUUGGGAAUCAUAACUGAGUGUGUUGUCGGGGGAUAAGUUAUACCUCAACGUGAAUCAAGGGACCUUUCAGUGAUCAUGUGAUCACAUCUUGAAAAUAUUUUCUGAACAAACAUUUGAAUGAGUCCACAUUGAUAAUACUAGACAAAUAGACCACCCCCUAAAAAUAAUCCAGGUGAAAAUACCGUUUGGUUCGGCAAGCUUUACUGAAGAUUGCAAGUACCUUGAAAUUUGAUCAAAAUACUCAAUUGAUGAAGAUUUUUUGCAUAUUAUUUAGCUUUUUGAAGAAUUCAUUUCCCCCUACACCAAGAAUGAAAUUCAGAUUUUUACACCUUUAAGUUUUUAUGUAAUCUAAAUUAGUAUAUUGGAUGAAUGGCUGAAAGAAUGUUCAACUCUUCAUGUCGAUGAAUAUUGACUCAAAAUCCUUUAGAUUAUAUCUACUGUAAUAUUAUUUGUGUAAAGCAUUUUGUAGGACGCUGUUCCAGUGUGUUUAUUGCUAUAUAAAAGCCAAAUUAUAUUAUUGUAAUUAUUGACAUGUAAAGUCCCUUGUGUAAGUAGGAAAGAUAACAAAAAUUGAAAAAUUACUGAUAUAUUGAAUUCUAAAAUUCUUGUGAACAUUCAUCUCUAUCCUCGCUUAUAUUAAAUGGGUAAAGAGCCCUUUGGAAAAUUUGAAUGAUCAUAAUUAAAGGCUUUUUGACUUUCAAUGCCCAUUGAGUGUUAUUUGGUAUUCAUGGGGUAAAAUGCCUUUCUAAUAAUAUGCCAGAAUCACUCAAGGUGAAUUACAUCAUCAAACCUUGUACCUUUGUGUAAAUACUACCAUUCAAUUUUAGUGCAAUGUAAGUACGACCUUAUGACCAGUAUCAGUGUCUAAAGCUUCAUAUGUAGACAGUAUCUGAAUAGUUAAAUUCCAAAAGGCACUAAGUCCAUUUUUAUAACUUCAAAAUGUUCUCAUGUUCUGAGAAGUAUUUAAAUGGGUGUCAUUGAAAAGUGAUAUUACAAGGUGCUUUUUUCAUAAUUGCUUGAGAAUUGUAGUUCAAUGCUUUUGUAGGCAAUGAUGAAAAUCCUAUCAAAAGUGAAUUUAGUGCCUUUUGGAAAUGAAUCCUUCCCAUAUGGAUGUAUAUGAAGAUAUAGUGAAUAAUCUGGCGAGAUGUUAUAAUUAGGAACUCUUUUUUAUUAAAGGUUAUAUAUAAUCAGCAUUUGUUUAGCAUCAAAAUGCUUUUUUGGGUUAUUUAUUGAGGAACCUUAGCUUUGGUUAAGUUUAUUUAUGUAUGUAGUCAUUAUUUCAUUUAAAUUUCCAGACUAUUCUGUACAACAUAUAUGAAUAUUGAUAUUCACUUGGACAUGGAGAUCACCCAUUGCCCUGCUGAUGUAUUCAUCUUUAAGAACAAUAAGCAAAAGUAUGAUUACAAAGCUUUUAUGGAAUAAAUUAUUCGCAUUCAGAUUCUACUAUAGUUGUAUAUUAUGAUUUCUUACUGUACAAUUAUAAAUUCCUUUUACUUCUCAAGAAAAUGAUUUUAUUGUGAGAUUUGUAGAUUCAUAUGGACCAUGCUUGCAUUGCUGCAUUCAUUUCAGUCCCAGAUGUGCAUAUCUGUGUUUGUUCAUGUUUGUGUACUGGUACUGUGAAUAAUUUGUAGUUAAAAUUCAACUAUAGUUAUAUGUACAUGUAACAAAGCAUACCACAGGGCUUUUGUUGGUGAUGACAUGUAUGUCAUAUCCAUUUUUUUUUAAUGAAUGCCAAGAACUGAUUACCGGUAUAAAAUUUGACUGAUUGAAUUGAAUGCUUGAAUGAAUUGAUCUGCUUUAUUUUGUAUAUUUGUAAAUAUGAAAGAAAAAAAUAUUAUGAAAAGGCUUGUGAUAUUGCAGCACUGUGCAGUGCUAAUUACAAAGCGGAUAUAACAUUAUAAUUCAUAGAACAAUGUCUUUGUCACACCAUUGCUUUAUCAUUUCACUCCCAGAACCAUGGAAUGGUAUGAAAUAGUGAAUAGACAUGGGUGUGAUAGUCAAAAUAUUGCAUGGGAUGAAAGAGGGAUUUAAAGAUUUAUAAUAAAUAUCUCUCAAUGAAUACAAACAAGUUUGAGAAAUUGAUGGCAAUUAAGAAGUGUAACAAAUUCUUGGCAUAUACAGCAAGGUUUUAAAGUUACUUAAUAGCCAGCUACAAUAUAACAUUGUAGACACCGGUGUAUCUUUCAAUUGUGCGACUUACAGUCCAUGUGUAAGCUGGAAGUGAAGUCACAAUUAAAGAAAGAAAGCAAGUUGUGUAUGUCUUUGAAGAAAUCUUAGGCACGGUUUGCCAGCACAAAUUUGAAUAUGCAGCAAUCAUAUUAUGAUGUCAUGUGGCUGUGCAAUGGUACAUUUUGGAUGGUAGGUUUGCAAUGAUAAAAACUUUGUUCACUCGGCUCGCACUUAGCUCACGUAUAACAUGCUGAAGAGGCCUUGAACAAUGCAUGCAUGUUUGGUGUUGACACUUGUGACUUAGUAUUUAAGUGAUUAAUUUUCACUUAACUCUGUGUCAUUGAACCAGAAUAGGACCCUUAUUGUGAUCCUGUUGGGAAUCAGUGACCAAAUUAGAAGAUGAAAAUAAAUGAAUUUGUGAUGGCGUAUUUAUACAUUUAAAUCACUAUUGAUAUUUUAAAGAAAGGACUGGAAUGUUGGAUAAUGUAUGAACAUGUGAAUGUAACUUAUACUCAUCUUUUGAUAUAAAAUUUGUCAUUAGAAAUAUAGUUUCAUUUUUUCUAAGAAAUUAACUGUGGGGGCAAUAUCAGUGAAUAGUUUUUUUUUCUGUUAGUGUGUAUUUAAUUACCAGACUUAUAUUUUCAUAUACAUUGGUACUGAAAUUGCCUUUUGGUUUGUUUUUAUUUUUUGUUUUGAGUGUUUUCUCUCUUUUAAUGUAUAUUGCUAUUUUCCUCUGUUAUAGUCUUCCAAAUGUUGGUUUAAUAUUAACAUAUUCAUCUCAAGUCAGCAUUCCAAAUGUACAUUCAUUAACUUAUUUCAUGAUAUUUAAAUGGAUUUCAGUUGGUGGAUAUAUUCAUCACAUAUUAUUUCAUUUCAUGAUAGCUGUAGAUGCAAGAUAUAUGUACAGUAUGGCGGAACAGAGAAUACAAGUGAUAUUAAAACCCAAUUCCAUAACAAAGUAAAAAGCACAAGAUCAAAAUUUUGUUCAGAAAUCUAAUGAAGGAUUAAUAUUAUGAUUUAGGAUCUAAAUACAAUAAUUGUUGAUGAAUUUAAGGGGUAUUGCAAGAGUUGGAUUGUUUGCAUAAAAGUUUUCCUGUUCAUCCGAUCUUUGUUAGGUUGAAUGUGAAGUGUUAGAUUGUAAUGUUUCAUGUGUAUAGGGCUUUUGAAAUCCAUGUAAAACUUAAGUGAAGUUCUGUAAAAUCUUGGAUUUGGAUCUUGGUCUUUUAAGAGGGGCCAAAUCUGAGAGGUGAUCACUAGGUAUGCUACACAAUUCUCUGUUUUGAAUUUAUAUAAUCUCUUUAUAAUAAGUUGUUAAUAUCAUGACAUAAUUAUGAAGUGCUGUUAUUGUGUACCUGUUUAUUUUUCAUAAAAUGGACUUAGUGCCUUUAUGUAUUUACGUGUUACAUUUUCAAACACACAUACAUCAUUACCAUACCAUUUCCCCUCUAUUUUACAGGAUACUAGGGUAAAUAGUUAUGACCCAAAAUCACAAUGGUAGUUUCAAUUGCACCAUGGUACAAAAACCCUAGACUUUGCAGAUAUCUUGUAUUAUUCAUUCGAUUUAGUGCCCCUUACCACUAGCAUGCAUUUAUAAUCUGACUUUUCUUUGUGUACGCAAUGAAAGAAGCGUAAUUAUGUACAUAAACUAUGCAUAAUCCUUGGUUUUGUUCCAUGGUACAAUUGAAACCACGUUUGUGAAUUUAGGCCUGUUAUGUUUUCAAACUCAAGUUUAUAUGUGAGGGAGCUUUUGUUAAAUACUGCAGAAAAGACCCCCAAAAUUAGUUGGAUUAUGCCACUGUAUUCGGUUGUACUAUGCCAGAAUGUAAAAAUACCCAGUCAAGUUCCGAAAGGAAGUAUCUUCGCUCACUACAUACAGUACAUACUGGGAAAGAAUGGAAGUAUCUUCGCCCACUAUAUACAGUACAUACUGGGAAAGAAUGGAAGUAUCUUCGCCCACUAUAUACAGUACAUACUGGGAAAGAAUUCUUUUAAAAGGGGAAGUGUUUCAUGGAGUAUCUCAUUAGUGGAUUUUACUGACUAAUGUGUUCUCAGCCAAUCAGAUGUAAGGAUUUCAGUAGCUUUUAACCAAUUGUUGGUAAAAAUCACUGUCCACAUGUUUUUGUUUCAUGAAAUCCUCCCCUUUAUCCAGGUUCUUGAAAUUGGUCAAAUUCCUAGUUUUAUGGCAGCUGGAUUUAGCCUUGCUGAAAGAUGAAAAUGUGCAAUUUAGGCCACUUCAGUGUAGCAGCAUAAUUUUGGUAAUCCUUUACACAUAUAUUCAGGGGUGAUCAUGUUACAGUGAGGGGGGGGGGGCAGGCUGUCAAAGGUGAUUUUCUUGCAAUAGGAGAAAACAAAAAAGAAGAAAAGGAAACACAAAAAAGGAAUGAGAUGACUCAUCAAGCUGCACUUUUGGUAAAUCUGCCCCCUAAAGUACCCUGACACUACCCCUGUGUAUAUUGGUAUUCAAUCUUCUUAUGAGAACAUUUUGAGUGAAAGUUUUGUGAUGAACACUGUACAUGUACUAUAUGUUUGCCUUCUGUGCAUGAGUAUGCCAUUAUGUAUGGAUUCAUAAACCACUAAAUGCUCUCAUUAUUAAUUGCUGUCUAAUCUACUGUUCCUUGAUAUUGAUGUAUUUAAUGCUUUGUGCAAAUCUGUGUGUCCAGAAAUAAAGAAUUAUUAUUUCAAGUAGAGUUCAACUCCAGGGGACCAUUUCACAAAGUAAAGUGUGAUUAAUGUCAUGCUUAAAAAUUCUGUGUUACGUGCUUUCUAACAAGUCAUAGCACUGCUUAGAUUGUGCUAAGGGAACAUGCGCUUCUGUUUUGUCAUCAUUGAUAUUACAAGUUGAAAUACCACAUGGGCAUCAGCACUUAAGCAUGACUUUAUACCACACUGCACUAUGUGAGACAGUCACCUUGAGAGGUAGGCUAACUUAUAUUAGUUGCAAACAAAGCUGUCAUUAAAAUAUUACUAAUCGGAGAUAA